AUGAGCUCAUAUACAGAUUCCAAAGGUCAUUCUGACCAAGAUAAUUUAAUUUCUAGUCAAAUGACAAACUUUGAUAAUAGCAGAAGAAUUCAUAUCUAUAAUAACAUUCAUUUAUUUAAACUUUUAGAUUCAUCUCAAAGAUUAUUUGAGCCUAAAACUAGCAAAGAUUAUUCUUUACAUUAUGAAUCAAGAGUCACUUAUUUCUAUCCAAAUAAUAGAGUCAGUGAUAGGGAAGAAUAUACAAUGUGUGCAUUUUGUCAUCCAUUAAAAUCAAAUAAGGAUGAAAAAAUCUGUGAUCCAAAAUUUUUCCGAUCUGGUUCAGAUAAAUUUGUUACUCAUAUGGCUAAACAUCAUGGUAUACUCUAUAAUCAAAAUAGAAUUAUCAACCCAUUUGUUGGUUGGUCAAGAAUUCUUUCAUUAAAUCAACAAUCUUUAGAAUUAAUGGCAAUUUGUCCUUAUGGUCGUCAUAGAUAUGGUGAUACAAAACCUUGUUUAUCAGUUUUUAAAUUUGAAGAUUAUGGAUCCAAAAUUCAUUAUGAAUAUUUUAAACAUGUUUAUCAUGUUCAUAUUUUAAAAAAAGGUAAUACUGUUUUCCAAAGGGAAUCAAAUUAUAAUCAAUUUCUUGAAUUUAAUAAUGAUCCAUUAAAUUAUCAAAAUCAAUUUAUAAUGUAUGAUGAAAAAAAUUGUUUUAAGGCUAAUGAAUUCUUGAAAUCACAACUUGGUUUUGAAUUUACAGAUCCUUUAGAAAUUGAUUAUAUAUUAAAUCAUCAACAUCAUGAAGAGUUGAAUUGUUUUAAUCAUACUCAUGAAGAACCAUUAUCUAAGGAAGUUGAAGAUGCUGAUGAUGAAUGUUCAGAUGAUGAGUUACCAAGAAGUACAUUUCCAGAAAAUGAAUUACCAGAAAAUGAAUCCAGUGAAGAAACUUAUUCUGAUGAAUAUGAAAGUUCUAUUGCGACAACUUCUUUGUUGAGUGGAAGUACUGAACAUGAUGAUCAUAAUGGUGAUGAUUUCAAUGAUGAUUUCAAUGAUGAUGCCUCUACUAAUUACUCAAAUGAUUCUGAUGGUUCAAAUGGUCUAAGUAGCUCAAAUGGUUCACAAAAUGAAAAUGUUGCAAAUAAUUAUGUUGAUAAUCCUCCUACAAAUGUGGAAUCAUAUUUGGAUUAUCUUUGUACAAAUCAAUCAUAUUCAUCGUCUUCAGAAGAAGAACAAUAUGAACAACAAACCACUCAAUCAGAUAAUUAUAAUGAUGAGAAUACCAAUUACUUUAAUGAUUCAUUAGAUUUUUCAAAGCAAGAUAUAAGAAGUUCUAGUACAUCAUCUUUAUUAACUAAAGCUUUAGCUAACCAUCAACGUGAUCAAUCAACAAGUGAAAUUGAAGUUGUAUCUAGUCCUGUGGUUAAUGAUGUAACUUUGAAUACUAGGUCACAGUCAACCCCAGAAGUUGAAACACACCAAAGAUAUUAUGUCUUUCAUCACUUUGAUCCAUAUGAUUUAUGCACAAUUAAUGGUAGUACUGAUGGUGAUGACGAUGAUUCUGAAGAGCAAAAUAAUGAAAACGAAGGACAAGAUGAGAAUUUGCAGCAGGUAAAUGAUAAAAGAUCUUAUCCUAACACUAAUCAUGAUUCAAGUGAUAGUAGUUUAGAUGAUGAUUCAAAUAAUGAAAAUUCAUCAAUGUCUUCAUCUUUAUAUAGAGAUCUUAUGAGGUUUGCACGUCCUUCUCCAAAUAAUAUCAGUCCUCUUACUAUUAAUGACAGACAAUAUGGCUUAUCAGCUGCUUCAUAUCCCAGUGAUGGUACUAUUGUAUCAGGUCUUUAUUCUGAUGAAGAGACUGAUAAAUUUGAUGAAGAAUCAACACAUGAACCAUAUGUUUAUGAUGAUCAUUAUUCACCAGUAGUGAUGGAAUGGGUCAACAAUAUUGAUCUCUGA